AUGGGCUUUGAAGGGUGGCGGCUGCCUUUGGUGCCUCGUUUGUCUGAGGUAGAAAAAAUCUGGGAGUUGCCGCCCAGACCCUUCAAGGCACUCCUUGUUUCAAUUAAUGGAAAUUUUGAUUACUCCACAGAUUCCAGUGUGGAGAAAUCAGUCAGUGGGAGGAAGAUAUGUCAUCUGGGAUGCCAAAAUAGCAAAUUUCAGAUGAAUAACUACUUGCAGUCUCUCCCCUCACAAAGUUUUGAUUCUGAUUUGAGGGCUUCAGGAAGGUCUUUUGAACUAGGACGGAAUGGAAGAGAGGUUUUCAGCGUGCACAACGAUAGAUCUAAAGCAGAGAUUAGUCAACCUCUGUCCAACACCACCGUACAUGGUAUACAUGGAGUUAAGAACAUGAAUGGAAAACAUUUAGUCCAAGGGAGAAACAAUAGUCAGAAAGACAAUAGGUAUAUAAAACAGGCAGAAAAUCCAUUUGUAGAUGUUACCUUUUACAAAGAAGCUAAAGCAACACUUCAUGAAAUGAAGAACAGAUGUGACGCUGACAGUGCUAUGACAACAAAUAAAAAAGAUAUUAACAUUUUAGCAUCUAUACUAAAAAUAUCAAAAUCUCCAAACCAGCCCAGCUUGGAAAUUGCCAGACCCUGCUAUUUUAGAGAUAAUAUCACAAUAAGUAUCCCUGAGUUUCCAACCUAUUUAAAUAGCAAAAUGUCCUCUGUCUAUUUAAAGGAAAUAGCAAAGAAAAAAACUGACAAAAAUGAGACAUAUGUUAGGGAUUUCACAAAUAUCUACUGUUCUCAAAAUAGACCUGAUGUUAAGAAGCAAAAGUUACAGAAUGAUAAUAAAAUUGUGGCUGCAGAAAAUACUUUUUCUGAGUAUUAUGAAAGUAACCACCAAUCAUUCAGCAACCAAAUUACUUGCAAGAGAAAAAAAGACUUGAUCACUUUGAACUACUAUAACUACAGUAGUACCAAGUGUGACGUCAGAGUCUAUGAAAAGAAUAUUACUAUAAUACUUGAAAAUGUAAAAGGAAAAGAAGCAGAAAUAAACCUGAACAGUUACAUAUCUACCAAGUUGGAAAAAUCUCAAAGCUGGGACUGUAACACUAGAUGUAUUUUGAAAAGAAACAGGGAAAGUUGUUGGACUAUGAAUAAUUACAGGACUAAAUGUGAAAAUAUGAAAAUAAAUGAAGCAAAAUUAAAUUUGCAACAGUUAUUAGAAAUAGACCUUUUAAACAAGGAAGAUUAUCACAAUACAAGAGCCAUGAAUGCAAGUAAAGAACAAUCAAAACCUUUUAUGAUAGGAACACUGGGUAGUCAAAAAGCUUUAAUAAAAAUUGUUUGCUUAAAUGACAAAGAAGAAAAUGAUAAUAUGCUGCAGUUGAGAUACUAUACUACACAAAGAGGCUUACAUAUAAGUGACAUUUUUGAGACUUUCAGUACAGAAAUUUUUUGUUUCCAUAAAAAUAUUUCAGGAAGUCAAAAAGAUAAUAGUAUUUUAGCCUGGUAUGAGACUUUGAAGUGCAAAAAGAAAAUUGAGAUUCAAAAGCUAACAACCAGGAAUAUGAAUGUCUAUAGAAAGAAUGUUUUAAGCAUGUAUAUACAGACCAGUGUUUCAGAAUCUCUAAAUAUUAUAUUGAAAACCAACAAUAACCUUGACUCUUUAACAACAGUUGAAAAUGAGGUUGAAUUAGAAGAGGAAUACACUUUCAAAUGGAUAGUGUAUUUGAAUUAUCCAAAAAUGAUCAUAGUGGAAAAUCAUUCUGCAUAUCUAAUAAAGAUUUUAACUUUUCCAUGGAUGUUAGAAGAUAAUAUGAGACCUAUGUUAAAGAAAAGAAAACUAUUUCAAACUGAAGAAGUUUUUGAAGGAUCUAAGAAAGAAACCAUCAAUUCCUUCAAUAAGACUGCUAAAAAUAUGUGUUUUCCAAUCUUUGAGACUUAUGAAAAAAUUCCUCUUUUUGUGGAAUUUAAUGAUAUGACUGACAUUUUUUUGACAAAAGAAAUUGGUUACAAGAAUAAUUGUCCUGAAGGAGUCAUGAAUGUGGAAGAUUGGGCCCACUUUAGUCCUAUUACUGUUAAAAAAAAUGCUAAGUCUAGUCCUCGGUUUAUUCAAAACCAUGAAAGAUGCACUAAUGAAAAAUUUUAUGAAAUAAGUAUGCACAACCAAGAUUUGGAUACUGAAAUAAAUCAGAAGCAUAAUAAGAUCACUAGUUUUAAUGCUGAGUGCAUAUCUGAGGAUUUCUUUAAUGUCAAGCAACAGGCCACCCUGGCAAGUCACAUAACGUGCGCUCAACAAACCAAUACCAUGACUAUAACUCAGGUGCCAAAUUUUGGGAACUUGCUAAGUGAAAUUAAAGAAAAAAAAUAUGAAAUAAUUUUGAAGGAAGAAAUAAAAACCACAGCACAAAGUUUAACAAAUGGUUGCCAAGUUCAUAAAGAUACUAAGAGAGAAAAGGAAGAGAAAGACAGUUUUUCUUUAAUGGAUAGCAUGUUUUCUGUACAAUCAGUUUCAUUAAUUAGCAAAAAAGUAAACGUGGAAGAUGCUAUGCAGACAAACCAAAUAUGUGUUAAUCAAAACGACGUUGCUGACAGAAAUGAAUAUGAGAGCAUUUUGCAAGAAAGUGAGUUAGCUAAUUCAAAGCAUUUUCAUCCAAAGAAUGACUCUACAGAAUGUGUUAAUCAUCAGUUUGAAACUGAUUCGAGUGCAGGGAACAAUGAAUGUUUUCAGGACUUAACUACUAAGUGUUUAUCAACAGAAGCUUUGACAAUAGGAAAAGAUUUUGAAAUGAGGAGUAAAUUUGAUUUAGUACUUGAAGAACUUCAUAUGUUUCAUGAAAUUAGUAAGGAAAAAGAAAUUUUUAGCACUGUGGAAACAAACAACCGGCAAGAAAAUUACUUUGGAGAAAGUAAUGAUGCUGAGGAGGUAGAAAAGGAGAGAAAAAAAGAUUUGAAAGUGGUUACAGUCAACAAAAUGUGUGCACCUUCUUUGCUCUGUGAUACUCGAGCAGGUCCUAAUAUGCAUAAAAGACACCAAAGUUCAUUUAAGUGGAAAACGGAACCCAAUAAAGGAGAGCAGGAAGUUCCUAAUAAGUAUUGUCCAAGAACAUUGGAAGAAGAAUUACUCUAUUUUACUUCUGAGGAAGAAUGUGAAAAAUCCUUACCUCAAAGGCCUGCUUUGUUUUCUGAUGAAUUUAAAGAAGAAAAAGGUAAGUUUUUAAAAGGAAGUAGCCAUUUUUCACAUGGAAUUUUAAGGGUACUUCCGCUUAAGACAUGCAGUCGACCAAUCAGAAUUGGUUUGUCAAGAAAAGCUAAACUUAAACAACUUCAUCCCUAUUUGAAAUAAAUAUGUUACAAGAACCUAAAAGAAGAUAUUGGAAUUUUAUAUUUCAAAACAUUUUAG